AUGCCGGCGGGUAUCCGCCGCAGAACAACCUUUUUACCGCCUUAUCAUCGAGCUCUAUCGGAUCGGAAAUCUCACUGCGACAGAUGGCUGGAAACCGUUUUGAACGCGUGUUUCUCGACCUUCCAGGCAGGUUGUGACGACAUCGGUUUAUUAAGAACAAGAAGCUCGUCAGAGACAGCGACAGUGCCUCGGAGCAUAAAUACAACGGCUUCAUACACUGCUUCCCUCGGACUCUCUGCUCUCCUGGUAUCUGCUUCCGUCUCUCCUCGCGUCAUCCACGAGUCCCGCCGGAACGUCCCUGCAGGCUGGCACCCUGUUCGCCGCGCAGAACCUUCCAUCGUCCUCCCACUCCGCAUCGGCCUCUCCCAGUCUAAUCUUGACAAUCUCGAGGCGCAUUUACUAGACGUCUCGCACCCCGAGUCCCCCAAUUUCGGCAAGCACUGGAGUGCGAAGCAAGUCGCAGACACCUUCCGCCCGUCCAAGGAGACCACCGACACCGUUCGUGCAUGGCUGGUGGAAAGCGGACUUGACGCAGAACGAAUCAGGCUCAUCAAGGGUGGCUCGUGGAUCCAGGCUGAUGUAACCAUCGCAGAGGCUGAGGCGCUCCUCGGAACGGAGUACUAUAUCUACCGAUUCGGCGAGGAGGAGAGCGGGCGCGAGCAUGUCGCGUGCGCCGAGAGGUACCAUCUGCCAGAGCAUGUCUCCAAGCACGUCGAGCUCAUCACUCCGACGUUUCACUUCGACAUCAAGCAUAAGCGCGAGACCCACCGUUUUGAGAAACGCGGGCCCGAAACGGCUAAGAGCAUUGGCCAGCCCGGUUUCGGCGCGAGUUUCCCUAAAACUACGGGUACGAUCCAGCAAAUAUUGACAGAGCUUGAAGAGUGCGACGAGCAGAUCACGCCGGUUUGCUUGCGCGCCUUGUAUGAGUUCGAGUAUACUCCUGAGGCCGCAGACAAAAAUUCGAUCGCGAUCGUUGAGUAUACGCCUCAAGCUUAUACUGCGACAGAUCUGGACAUGUUCUUCGGCAAUUUUUCGCCUAGUCAGGUUGGCGAGAGACCGGACAUGGUGUCUAUUGACGGAGGUUACGUUCAAACUGAGUAUACUGGGUUCAACUACAACGGAGAAUCAAAUCUGGAUAUUCAGUACUCGAUGUCGCUGGUUGGCCCCGAGCAGACCGUUACGCUCUAUCAAACGGGAGACAUGGUCGAAGGCGCUUCGUUCAAUAACCUGGUCGACGCUCUUGAUGCGUCUUACUGCACAUUUGAGGGUGGUGAUGAUCCCACACAAGACGGCAUUUAUCCUGAUCCCUACGGCGGCGGUUACGAAGGUCCCGAAUCUUGUGGCAUUGUCACGCCCGCCUACGUCAUGUCUACUUCGUACUCAUAUGAUGAAGCCGAUUUGACGCCCUUCUACAUGGAGCGCCAGUGCACUGAGUAUGCGAAGCUCGGUCUUAUGGGAAUGACAAUCCUGUAUUCAUCUGGUGACUACGGUGUCGCGGGAUACAACAAUGUCUGCCUAUACCCUGACGGUACCCAGGCCGUGGGUGCACCAAUGUUCAAUCCGACGUUCCCCUCGACCUGCCCGUACAUUACGAGCGUCGGUGCUACUCAGGUCAACCCAAAUUCCACGGUUCUCGAGCCUGAAAGCGCGUGCGAGCAAGUGAUCUACUCCAGCGGAGGAUGGUCAAACGUGUUCGCCAUGCCGUCGUACCAGAAGACAGCAGUCGAGUCAUACCUCGCGAACUAUCCCCCACCGUACCCCGCUGACAUCUGGAACUCGACCGGCACGUCGCGUGCAUUCCCCGACAUCGCUGCGAACGGCGCAAACUAUGUCAUCGCCCUCCAGGGUGAAUACUGGUUGGUCUACGGAACGUCGUGCUCUUCCCCGGUCUCAGCCGCCAUCCUCUCCGCCGUUAACGAUGCCCGCCUCGCUGACGGAAAGGGCCCGAUGGGCUUCAUCAACCCUACGAUCUACACGUCCCGUGGCAUGGAAGCGUUCAAUGACAUUACGACUGGCACGAAUCCGGGCUGCGGCACUGUUGGGUUCUAUGCUGAGCCAGGCUGGGACCCGGUUACGGGCGUUGGCACGCCCAACUUCCCGAGAUUGCUCGAGCUUUUCCUCUCGCUGCCGUAG